AUGAGGGGCUGGGGACAGAAGCUGGAGCUGUUGACAGGAUUGUUGCUCCAGGAAGUGACCAUGGCUAGCCUACACGAGCAGCGAUUUACAGAGGAGAAGCCUCUGCUCCGUGGACAAGAUGCUGAAAUGGAGAAUUCAGACACUUUCCUGCCUGCAGUGGACAUUGACUGGAAGGAGCAUGACAUCGAGACACCCUACGGACUGCUGCACGUUGUCCUUCGGGGAUCUGCCCGAGGAAACCGCCCUGCCCUCCUGACUUACCAUGAUGUGGGGCUCAAUCACAAGCUCUGCUUCAACACUCUCUUCAACUCUGAAGAAAUGCUAGAGAUCAUGAAGCACUUUGUGGUGUGCCAUGUGGAUGCGCCCGGGCAGCAGACUGGGGCUUCCCAGUUUCCCCAGGGGUAUCAGUACCCGUCCAUGGACCAGUUAGCUGCCAUGUUGCCCAGUGUGGUCCAACAUUUUGGGUUCAAGUAUGUGAUUGGAAUUGGAGUCGGAGCAGGUGCCUAUGUCCUUACCAAAUUUGCCCUGAUCUUCCCAGAUCUGGUGGAAGGCCUCGUUCUGAUCAAUAUUGACCCAAAUGGCAAAGGCUGGAUUGACUGGGCUGCCAGCAAGCUCUCUGGCCUGACCAGCACAUUAUCUGACAUGGUGCUGUCUCACCUAUUCAGCCAGGAGGAGUUGGCCAAUAACAUGGAGCUGGUGCAGAGCUAUCGCCAGCAAAUUGCCAGCACGGUGAACCAGUUCAACCUGCAGCUCUUCUGGAGUAUGUACAACAGCCGCAGAGAUCUGGAGAUUAACCGCCCCGGUAGUGCACCCAAUGCAAAGACGCUCCGCUGCCCGGUGAUGCUGGUGGUGGGCGACAAUGCCCCUGCAGAAGAUGGUGUGGUUGAAUGCAACUCCAGGCUGGACCCAACCACCACCACUUUCCUGAAGAUGGCCGAUUCCGGAGGGCUUCCCCAAGUGACUCAGCCUGGGAAACUGACUGAGGCGUUCAAGUACUUCCUGCAAGGAAUGGGCUAUGUGCCCUCGGCCAGCAUGACGCGCCUGGCCCGCUCACGCACAGCCUCCCUCACCAGUGCCAGUUCGGUGGAUGGCAGCCGUCCCAGAGCCUGCACCCACUCCGAAAGCAGCGAAGCUAUGGGCCAGAUCAACCACACCAUGGAGGUGUCCUGCUGA